AUGCCGACCCUAAUCCUAGACCUCUUCAAAAUCAACCUCCAGUCCCCAGGCCGCCGCCACCUCGGCAUCAACUACCUCGUCCCCUCCUCCGCCGGCGACCGCGAACGCAUCAACCUCGCCUCUCUCCGCCGCCAACACAUCUCAGCCAUGCAAUCCCGCCUUUUCCCUUCAGCACCAGCACACAUGAUAUCCUCCCCGUCCCCCUCUACUUCCUCACUAACAAGAGGUGGGGAUCACAACGGCCUCGGCCUGGAAACCUGGGAAGACGGCACCGUCGAGCUGCGCGGGUUCCCCAUUGAGGACAUCCUGGUGGUGCGCAUGGUCAACAAGAUGACGGGCGAGACGGACACGAGUUACGAGCUGCAUUUUGAGUACGUGUUUGAUGCGGAAAGGGUGGCGGAUGUGAUUGGGUUGGCGGUGGGACCGCCGGUGGAAAAGGAUGAAGGGCCGGGCGGGUGGAGGGGGUGGGUGGUGACGGUGCCGAAGAGGGUGCAUCAUCGGAGUCAGAUGUGGGAGAGGUGUAUGGAGAGGGAGAGGGUGGGGGAUAGGGAUUUGAGGGAUAGGGACUUGAGGGAUAGGGAAAGGGAGAGGGAAAGGGAAUUGAGAGAGAGGGAGCUAAGAGAGAGGGAGCUAAGAGAGAGGGACCUGAGGGAGAGGGAGAGGGAGAGGGAUCGGGAGCUGAGGGAUAAAGAGCUGAGGGAUAGGGAGAGGGAUCUGAAGGAGAGGGAGAGGGAUUUGAGGGAGAGGGACAGAGAACGGGACCUGAGAGAAAGAGAUCUGAGGGACAGAGAACUGAGGGAUAGAGAACUGAGGGAAAGGGAAAGGGAACGGGAAAGAGACAGGGAACGAGAAAGAGAGAGGGAUAGGGAGAGAGAUAUGGAAAUGAAGGGUGUGAGGCAGGUGGAGAGAAGGUCGAUGAUACCGGUCGCCAUACAGACGCCGCGGGAUAGUAAUGGAGGCUUCAAGGAUGUGGAGAGGAGAUCGAUGAUACCCGUCGCGAUUCAGCCGCCGCAUCCGGAACCGCCAAGGUUGAAGGUCAGGAAGAGUCAAAAGUUUUGAAAGGGGACGGGGAAGAGGGUUGAUGUUGGGUUUAUGUCAUGACUGGAACGGGGAGCUUCUUACUGAGAGGCCGAUUUGGAACUGGAAAGAUUCAGUUGGACCAUUUGAUGCUGCUGGGAUUCAUAGCCUGCGUGCCUGUUGGAAAUGGUUAUUCGUUAUUGUUGCUUGGGGG